GCCCCCAGUAAACACAGUAUAGCUUCAGCUUGUGCAAAUGGAGAUUUGUCGGGUGUAAAAUAUCUAGUAAAACAAGGUGAAGAUAUAAAUCAAAGAUCUAAUGAUGGCAUGACACCUUUAAGUAUUGCAGCUUUCUGGGGCUAUGCUGAUAUAGUGGAAUAUUUAUUAGAUAUUGGAGCAGAAAUCAAUAAAUGUAAUACUGGUAAUAAUUGGACACCAUUACACUGUGCAGCUUUUCAAGGUCAUGGCAAGGUGAUCAUGUAUUUAAUGAAACAUGGACCUGAUUUAUAUAUCAAAGAUAAACUGGGAAGAACACCUGUAGAUUUUGCUUCAGCCUUGGACUCAGUAUGGUCAUUCUUUGAAGUUUCAGGAUGCAAGAGAACUCCAAAAUCUGAAUUGAUUAAGUUGGAUAUUGUAAAGAAAGUUUCACAAUAUGAUUCUACUAUAACACAGUCACCUUCAGAACGAGUUCAUUUCUCACGUCCAGGCUCUGCCUAUAUCAUCAAGACACAAACCACAUUUCAAGAUCAUAAUAUGGUUACAGCUGCAAUGACUGGUGAUGUAUUAGCUGGUAUACCAGAAGACAAUUUCACACCACCAUCUUAUCAAUAUCAGCCUGGUUUAUCAGUUUUAAAUAAUUAAUACCCUUUCUUGUGGAGUGUGGUAAUAUUGGAGACAAUAUUAUUUAGUUUGAUCACGGAAAAUAAAGGAUAUGGAACUUGGUCUAUCAAUAAUAAUUUAUCAUCAAUAUGUUAACCAAAUCUUCCCUUGCGUACGAUAUAUAAAUACACCUUCCAUACGAAACUUCGCAUCUUGCCUAUCUUCGUAUAGUCGCAGAUUGUAGAAUUUCUCUAUUGUUCAGGAUGUACACCUUCUUGUUAUUGUGACAAAAUUGUCAAAUCACAGACAAUUCCUUUAGAUACUGACUUUCUGUGUCUGUGAAUAUAGCAUAAUAAUGGGAUGGGAUUUGAAUGGAAUAUGCAUUCAGGGUUGUUCAGUUAGGAAAUGAAGAAUAUUAUUUUGUACUAAUAUAAUUUUGUACUAUAUUUAUGACAAAAUAAUAUAAAUUGGUUGUGUUAUUUAUUAUU